UUUUUUUUUUUUUGCUAUGAGAGAAUAUAAGCUUGUUGUCUUGGGUUCAGGUGGUGUUGGUAAAUCAGCACUGACUGUUCAAUUUGUGCAAUCUAUUUUUGUAGAGAAAUAUGACCCUACUAUUGAAGACUCUUAUCGAAAACAAGUUGAAGUAGAUGGACUGCAAUGUAUGCUCGAGAUAUUAGAUACAGCCGGUACAGAACAAUUUACAGCCAUGCGUGAUUUGUACAUGAAGAAUGGACAAGGUUUUGUGCUUGUAUACUCAAUUACAAGUCAAGUCACUUUAACAGAUCUUUAUGAAAUUAGAGAACAAAUAUUAAGAGUAAAGGGGUCAGAUAAUGUUCCCAUGGUAUUGGUUGGUAACAAGUGUGAUCUUGAAAGUGAGCGAAUCGUUUCCAGAGAAAAGGGAAUGUCUCUAUCACAACAGUGGGGUGGAAAGCCUUUUUAUGAAACUUCAGCUCGAUUCAAGAUUAAUGUAGAUGAAGUAUUUUAUGACGUGGUUAGACAAAUUAACAAGCAAAACCCUUCAAAAGACAAGACAAAGAAAAAGUUCAAGUGCCUUAUCCUUUAAAUCCUCUUCCCAAACAAACAAAAAACAAAACCCAAAAAACAAAAAAAAAUUAUUAUUAUUACCCUUAUUAUUAUUUACUAUUAUUUCUUAUUCUUACUACUACACACAACUUAUUCCCCCCAUGUAAACAAGGAGAUAUAUACAUAAAAAAAAAAAAAAAAAAAAAGAAUCUGAGGGGCCACAUAACCUUUUUUUUUUUUUUUUUUUUUUU